UUCUUCCCGUCAUUCUAUUAUUUAUUCCUUCUUUUCUCCUCUCAGAAUCGCAUCCACUUUAUUACACCUUUCAUCAUCUUCCAUUAUUUUAAUUCUUCUUUACUUGUCGUCGUACGCAAUAUCCCACCAAAAGAAUGGCAGAUCCUUCGGAUGACCUCGGAAGACAUGUAAGUCUAUCAUUGAAUUCACCUCGAUUCACCCUCCUGUCCUGAGACAAGAUUUGAAUUCUCAAAAUACCAGCUAACACUUAUCUUCAUAGAACCCUAGGGACCCAUUCGACCCUAACUUCUUACCGGUAAGAUCUGUUCCCCGCACACUGUCUCGAUUCCUUCCCGUCUGCCAGCCUUGUCUCAAGCACGUUUGGUUUCAAGUGAGGUGGAAUCACAGUCACCGAUCGACUACGCACCCUUCACCUAGGACAUAAGCAAGACUUCUAUUGGUCAGUGGGACCUCCAAACCUGCCUACUAUGUGCUAGGGGAAGCUUCUCCUAGGAAGAAUUGUGUGUUUUCAGCUACCUUAUCGUGUGCAAAGAUGUAUCUGGUGUGAAGACCAGAUCUGUAAUGGGUCUGGUGGUAGCUAACUCCCCGAUCUGUGUGGCCUUCGGGUCGUCGGGGGGGAAGGCACUAUUGGGAUCCACAACUUCCCUUCGCACUGACCGUAGAACGAGCGGCGGAUUAGUUUCCAGGACAUUUUUGCGAGAUGCUGGGCGGGAACAUUUUCUUUUCAGUGUGAGAUCUUACUCAGCAUCGCACAUAGCUGACUGGUGGUUUAUCAGAACCGGUGGUUACCUCGGAUAGAAGUCCUCCAGUGGAAAGCUGGUGUACAUCCAGAUCAGCUUUCAGCUCGACGGCGGCAACGGUAAAUCACCACGUUGUUAUUUCCUUCUAUCAGUACCUAUACCAUUGACAUUGUAUACAGGGAGGACGAUGAACGCUCAAGCCGUUCAUAUGAACAUUUAUCGUGCGAAGACGCCAAGUUGAUGCUACAGCAUGAUCUUUACUGCGAGGCGAUUAAUGUGAAGUAUGAUAGGAAAGAUAAAAGUACUCGCCUUUUUCUUUCUACUCAGAUCAAGCUCAUCGACCACCAAAUCAAGCUCAUAGACCACAAAUUCAAGCUUGCUACUCUCGGCGGACAACUGGUACGUUACCAUCCACGAUACUCACAUAUGUCACGAGACUGAAAAUUACGAUUUAGAUGUUUUUUUUGUGUUUUUCUAUUACUUGCUUUGGUUACAUAUUUUUGCUGUGCUACUCCGGUCAUUAUUACACGCCAUUGGGCCUUUUGUUGUUACUCUCUCUCAUGGUAUGCUGGAUUGAAUAUCAGCAACGGCCAGUUCCUCAAGCACCUACAUUAUGAUUACUAUGUACUAGUUCCUGUAAGGAAAAGCCAUGUCGUUAAUAGGUGUUAGUCAAUGGAAUUUAUACAUAAUGUUAUCUUCAGACUCUUG